CAGCUGACGCGGCACACGGAACCCGACUCACGACCCUUGGAGCGUGGGUCACCAGCGGAGCCGUGCCGUGCUCACACUCGCGCACUCGCUCAGGGAGAGUGCCACCACCACUUGUGGUGGACUUGAGAGCACGUGUGGUGCAUUUCCUCCUGCAGACGGCGCAGUGGUAGCAGGCGCACCUCGGGGCUGAUAAAAGCGACGCGCGCCCCCUCUCUCUCACACACACAGCCACCGCUCUCUCUCUCCUCCUGCUCGCAACACUCCCCUCGCUCUCAGCUGUCUUCCUCGCUCCUCGACAGACGGGAUGAGAGGAACUCCGUGAGAGGAGCUGGGGACAGGCAGGCAUGGCCCACUGUGCCACGAUCACCACCACCGCCGCCGCUGCUGCUGCUGCUGGCAAGGAGAGGCGCGGCGUGGAGGAGUGAAUCUGUGAAGAGGUUGCUGGCUGCGAGACGAGGACUGGAGAUUCGCGUGGUCUCCCCGCGUGGAGGAAGGAAGGAGGAGGAGGGGGGCAGCGUCGACUUUACGCGCCCUGGGUGCCGCAGCGUCGUCUACGUCUAUCGACGACUCCUACCGCAAGUCCCUCGAGCUCGUGACCAGGCGAUGGGUCGGGGCCGGUGGCCUCCUCCCGAGUGAACUCGCCCUCCGUGUCGCUGCUGUCUUCAAUCAAAUCGCCGCCGACGCUGUUGGUUGCGGAGCAAUGCGCUGGCUGGAGGCCGCCUAAUCACUCGCUGUCUGGGUGCUGUCUGGAAGGACGCCCGCGCGCUCUUCUCUCCCCGCAGACAGCUUCUGUCACCAAGCCGAGGUCCCCGCUCGCGAGCUCGCCCAGGGAGCUCGCGGCCCACGGGGAGGGAGGCGGCGGCACUCGGCCUCGACUCGCCGCUCCAUCUCGCCGACAUGGCCCGGGCCCCGUCCGCGUCGCCGACCCCCCGGGACGAGCGGACCCCGCGGCAACGGCGACCGCCGCCGCUGCCGCCGCUGCUGCUGCUGCUCGCGUGGACCUGCUGCUGCUCCUGCUGCUGGGGCUGCCAGCUGCCCCAGGACUGGCGGCCGCAGAGCGAAGCGUGUCGCGCCGAGUUGGCCGAGAUCAUCGUGAUGGCCAAGGUGCUGGCGCUGCACCAGGACUCGUACGGGGUGCACAACCUCCUGCCGUGGCAGGGGGGCGGCGGCGACUCCUCGGAGCUGCUGUACGCCGCCGAGGUGGAGCUGCUGUGCGACCAGGCCUGGGGCUCCAUGCUCGAGAUGCCCGCCGGAGCACGCUUCAAUGUCACGGGCCUCGGCUACUUCUCGUGCCACUCCUACACCGUCAUGGAGAACAACACCUACUUCUUGUUCCUCAGGAUGGAUGAGAACUACCACCUCGUGCCGCACGGCGUCAACUUCCAGGACGCCAUCUUCCCCGAGACGCAGGACACGCGCCGGAUGUUCUCCAGCCUCUUCCAGUUCUCCAACUGCUCGCAGGGCGCGCAGGUCCACCUCUACUCGCCCGAGUGGGAGAUGCAGCAGGACAACGAGUUGCUUUGCGCCCCGAUCCAGUCGGCGCUGCUCGAAGAGGAGGACCGCGUGCGGAAGCUCACGAAGCAGCUCUCCGUGCUCGAGAAGAAGAACCGGCACCUGCAGCAAAAGGUGAAGAAGCUGAAGCGAGUGCUGCGCCAGGCCAAGAAGGACGGCAAGCAGGCGGCCGAGGGCUACCGCCGGCUGCUGGGCAAAGGGAGCGGCUCGGGCGGCUGGGAGGACGGGGGGGGCGGCGGGGGGGGCACGGGAGGCGGCGGGGGGGGGCUGCGCGCCCCUCCCCCCCCGCUCCCCCCCAGGGGCCAGGCGACGGCACAGAAGCGAGCGCGCCUCAACGCCAUCCCCUUCAGAGCCUGAGGCGCCCGUGCCCGCGCGGCUGCCGAGCGGCCCGUGGGUGGUGUCGGGGAAGUCGGGGGUUGACACGCGGCCCCUGGGAGCGCGGGGGGGGGGGGCAGUCGGCCGUCUGUGUACGGCACGAGAUCCCGUAGCGGCGGCGGCGGUGUCGCGCCGAACAUUGUCGCGGGCGACCGCGCAGAUGCGAUAAAGGGGCCGAGUGGUGACCGGGCGACGCGUCCUGGGGGGUUUGGUCGACGGCGGCGACCCCCACACCGCUCGCACGUCGCUCCGAUCGCCGUGCGGCCGGAGUCGGAAGAGCAGAGGCGGCGGGCGGUGGGCGAUCCUGCGUCGUGUCGCGCCACGAUGCGUCUUGACGCUCGCGAUGCGUGCAUCGAGCGGCGUGCGUGGGAUUCGGCGGCGUUACAUGUAUGCAAGUCAUAUGCGACAUACGCUACGCUUAGGUUACUGGAGCAAAAGAAAAUGUAAAAACGAGUUGAGUUUUUUUGUUGUUAAUAUAGAGAAUGUUAAUAUACACACGACGACGGGGGCCGCGAGAAUUAUGACAAACGGUGGGGAGUGCACCACGUUGUGGACGUGACGCGAGGGGGGGCGGCCGUGCCGCCGUUGGGACCCACCGGUGGUCGUGGUGUUGUGGGGGCCCCAGGGGCCAUCACCACCGGUGGCCGUGGUGUUGUGGGGGCCCCAGGGGCCAUCACCAGUGGCGGUCGUGGUGUUGUGGGGGCCCCACGGGCCAUCAUCACCACCAGUGGUGGCCGUGGUGUUGUGGGGGCCCCAGGGGCCAUCACCGGUGGUCGUGGUGUUGUGGGGGCCCCAGGGGCCAUCACCGGUGGUCGUGGUGUUGUGGGGGCCCCACGGGCCAUCAUCACCACCAGUGGUCGUGAUGUUGUGGGGGCCCCAAGGGCCAUCACCAACGGUGGCCGUGGUGUUGUGGGGGCCCCAGGGGCCAUCACCAGCGGCCGUGCCGAAGCAAAGCAAAGCCCUGCUGGCCCAGAUGUCGUAAAAGCAGUGAGACUCACUGUAAAUAUUUACAGUGAAGCCUUUUACAAGAAACAACUACGAGCUCAGUUUUGUUUAAUUUGCUUUUUGUAAUGUGUAGCGCGACUCCGUUUCUGGAAAAUGGAGCACAAUAUCGAUAUUAUUAUUAUUACGAUGAUGAUAUAACACGGAAUUAAAGUGUCUGGUGAUCUUGGACUCUUGAAGCGAUACAAGUGCAAUGUAAUGUGGUUCCACGUGGCAGCCUGCAAGCCCCAGCCAUACGAAACGCGGAAUUAUGCUCCCUGAGAAUUAACAAUUGUGGUCACGUAACAGAAACUACGGACCGUGUCGUGAUCCCACCUAGGUGUGGACCUCCUUCAACGAAAGAGGAGGAGGAACAGCAAAACUGCUCCCAACUCUCUCUCAUGAUGUCCUCUCGCCGUGGCCGGCAGCAGACCUCUGACAUUGGCACCGAUCUUGUGCACGCGCCGAACACAGAGCAGUAACGUCUCCUCCUUCCACGCCCCCUCGGCCGUUGUAGCGGGCGGCACGGUCCUAGGACGUGCGCGUGUGACACAGCUCGAUGGGAUUGGUCGUGCGGUGUCUUGUAGGGUUCCUUGACGUUAGUAGCAGGGUCGUGAAGUCCGCGUUACAGAAACAGCCAGAGAGCUGCACUUGAAGAACGCAACUCGUACGGCGGUGAAGAUUGCACAGUGGGGGUUGACGCGGGGAGGGGAAAGAGGUUCGUGUGGAAAAUGCAAGGAUCGUAACGGUGGGAUGGGGAUAGCUCGUGGCAGGAAAGCAUUGGGGAGAGGAGAUUAGGAUGAUGAUGAUGAGUGGGACUCCCGUGCAGGGAGGAGAUGGAGGACGACUCACCGAGGCCACCAUCGGAGUGGCGCCCAAAAAUCGGUGGCCAGGGGGAGCCCUGAAACCACGCGGUGGUGAUGGCGGUGGUGAUGAUGGUGAUGGCGGUGGUGAUGGUGAUGAUGGCGGUGGUGAUGAUAGCGGUGGUGAUAAUGACAGUGGUGAUGGUAGUGAUGGAGGUGAUGGUGGAACUUAGAACCGGCUGAGGUGGGGGGGGGGGGUUGAGUUCCGAGCGAGCAUCGGCCGCUCGCUCCUGGCGCGAGCAGCGAGGGAGCUGUGCCCGUGCGUUCUUGAUGACAGCGAGUGUGUUUCAAAUUAUGGCUGCAACUACACUGUACCAAUUUACUGUAUGCUUUACGGUUGCAAUAUCCUGGCGUCGCCGUGCCUAGGACCAUUGCAGGCCCAGGUGUCUCCUCCCUUCGACGGGAGAGCGGUCUCCCAGGAGACAUCGAGAGAGUCGCUCUGACGGGACGAGGGGGGGGGGUACAAUCGUCAUGUGGCCUGUCCCUGGCCUCCUUCUCCCUGACCCCGGCCUCCUGCAUCCCUCCUUGGCUAUGUGCGGUACCGGAUUAAGCUAGUGCGGGGCCUGUAGCUUAUGUUAUAGAGGGACACUGAAAUAUUAAAAACAUAAAUGU